AUGAAAAAGACAUUGGAUAUUGUAUAUUGCCUUGAAGUAACCAGAUCGUUUAAGCGGGAUUACUUUGCAGUCGUAAUCAAAUGGAUCCUGCUAAAUUGCGGAAUUUCAGAGUUGCCAGAGGCAUUAAAAGCAUGCUGUUUGCAACUGUUGUGUCUGGUACGCUCACGGGAACCAUCCUGUACCUAUAUAUUAAGAAAGAGGUUGAACCUAUUAAGAAAUUCUACCAUUAGAAUGGAAUACUUUAUUGAAUUCGGGAUUACUAAAAACUGUCAACAAAGAUGGAAGCUAUGUCGAUCUGUCAGACUAAAACUGUGUUAUCCUACUGUUUCACUUAGUAUGCUCAUAGACUUUUGUUUUGAAAGAUUGUUUAGUAAAUACAUGUAUUAA